GCAUACACUGCAGUGGGACGCUCUGUUAGCCGGGAUGGACAGCCAAGUGCAAAACACAUACGGGCUGCUGCUGGCAUGCGCACUACUGCUCUACCUGUGCUGCCAGGUUUGCUGUCAGCAGUGUGUUGGCCCAUGCCAGUGCCCCAGCUCAGAGCCAGUUUGCUCAGAAGGUGUCCCUCUGGUGAAGGAUGGGUGUGGGUGCUGCCGGGUGUGUGCCCGCCAGAAGGGUGAGUCCUGCAGUGACGUGCUCCUUUGUGACAAAGCACGUGGCCUGCAGUGUGACUAUAGCGCCAGCUUCCCUGGAGAACCUGGAGAGUGUGUCAGUGAAGAGGAGCUGGGCUGUGAGCUGAACGGAGUCUCCUAUCGGGAGGGUGAGGUGUUCCAGCCGUCCUGCACCACCCAGUGCCGCUGUGUGGGUGGAGGGGUGACCUGCGUGCCACUGUGCAGCGAUGAUGUCCGCCUGCCCACUCCAGACUGCCCUCACCCUCAGAGGGUGCAGCUGCCAGGAAAAUGCUGUAAAGAGUGGGUGUGUGAGAACAUGGACAACAGCCUGCUUCAGGAUGCACAAACAGCUUACAGCCCUGACCAUUCACUGCCCGCCAUGCCCGAUUACCAAGCCAACCUCGGUUUGAACUGCAUACAGCAGAGCACAGAGUGGAGCGCUUGCUCGCGAACCUGUGGCCCAGGGAUCUCCACACGUAUGUCCAACCAGAACCCGGCCUGCAGGCUGGAAAUGCAGAUCAGACUGUGCAAGGUCCGACCCUGCCACGCCUUCCCUCCUAAGACUCCAGUGUGGCCGAGGAAAUGCCAGCCCAGCUACAAGUCAGCAGUUCCCGUGCCGCUGCUCCACCAGGGCUGCCGCAGCACCCGGGUCUACCGGCCCCGGUAUUGCGGCCUGUGCACGGACGGCCGCUGCUGCACACCUUACCAUACUCACACUGCCAUUGUCCCCUUCCGCUGCCGGGGCGGCCGGCUAAUCCACCAAGCCGUCAUGAUGAUCAGUUCCUGCAUCUGCCACUACAACUGCCCCUACUCGUCUGGCGGCAUCUACAGGAGACCUGCUUUCUGGGGCUAGAGGCUGUGCACUGAUUUAUAUAAAGUCCCAUCUCAUUCCACAGGCUCCUCGCCGAAUGGGCAGUUGGAUGUCUUCAUCUGUUUCAUGCAUUGGAAGAAUAGCACUUUACACGUAUCACACUAUUUUUUUUGAUUGACUGGAAAAUGUCCUUCCAUAUAAAGAGCUCAAGAAUGUGAUCAAGUAUGCCAGUUGAGAUUUGGCUAGCUUGAGAGAUAGAUGGCUUCUUAAGGCUGGACUGGCCAGUUCUGCACUUAUAGCCUGUUUGUAUGGAAUUAGUUUCGACAAAAUAUUCAUUUUGCCAUGAAUUUUAGAGAAAAGCGUCAUGGAAGCUUUUUCAGAUUAUCUGUUAACUGUUAGCUAGGUCUAUAAGAUGGCAGCUAUUACUAUUGAACUAGUGCCUACAGCUUCCAUGUUAUACUUGAUUACUGUGGCUUGUACAAUAACUGCGACUGAGUGAUACUCCUUGGUAUUGUACUGUAGCUUUGGCUAUACGAAUGUUAGUUCUGAGUAAAACUGAGACCGGGGCCCAUUUUUUCAUAUGUUAUCAGUUGGAUUUUGGCUUCUGGUCUGGAUUAAAUUCUAAAACCAUCAUUCAGUUCAAUCACAUGACAUGGAACACGAAAGAAAGAAAGAAAGAAAGAAAGAAAGAAAGAAAGAAAGAAAGAAAGAAAGAAAGAAAGAAAGAAAGAAAGAAAGAAAGAAAGAAAGAAAGAAAGAAAGAAAGAAAGAAAGAAAGAAAGAAAGAAACAGCCCCUUAAGCACUUUUAAAUGAAUUGAACUGACUUGCUGUACUUUUCAGUGUGACUUUAAUAUCUCUUUAGGCAAUUUGUUGAAUAAUCUGUGUGAGAUCUAAAUAUUUCACAGAACAUAAAAAGUAGAACUAGGAGUGGGUGAUGUGGUGAUAUCAACAUCCUACAAAAUUACACCACCAUGAACUUACAUGUGUUGUCAGUACUCAGUAUUUGAAGAACAGCGAUCAAAGGAAAAAUGGGAGGUUUCAAUGAAUACUGAGUCUGUUAAAGUGGCAUCACACUCACAUCACGACUACAUAAUAGCUGACUGGAUGUUAGACCAUUAUCUAAUGGCUAUUAUUUUAUUUAUUUUUUUACCAAAUGUGGUUUUCCCUCUGGUUCCUUGUUAAAUAUUUUUUUUUAAAUAUAAAAAUAAAUAUAGUUUUUGAUAAGACUGAA